AUGAGUACUUACAAUCUACGUACAUUGAAUACCAAGGAGCUCAUGGAAGUUAAGGAAUGGCUGAAGGUGCAUAAUUACGAAUUGAAUGCGGCCACUCGUCGCGAUUUCACCGAUGUCUUUGUGGUGGCUGGACUGAUUAAGAAUAUACAUAAUAAACUAAUCAAUUUGGAUAACUAUCCGCAUAGGGAUGGCACAACAAACAAACGUGAAAACUGGGAGACAUUCAAUUAUAAAGUGUUGAGAAAAUUGAGGCUAAAGCACACGUCAUCGGCUCUAGAGAAACUUGCCAAGGGCAGUGUGGGUGCCAUUGAAUCACUGUUCUAUGAUAUAAUAACAAUGGGUAAGGCUCGACAAGUCACAAGCCUCCGACAGCGAUCACAGUCUUUAAAAUCACCAUCACCAUCAUCACAAUCACAAUCACCAUCAUUGAAAUCGAAAUCAUGUUCUGUGGGCAAAUCUUGUUCGGCUCAUUCUAUAACAAAUUUGCGAAGGGUUGUCACCAUAGAUGUGGAGGAGCUAAUCGAUGGUGAAAUUGUAAAGACAACCAAAAAACUUGUGGCCUAUGAUGAUUAUCUUAAGGCUCUAAGGAAAUGCCAAAAGAAAGAUCAAUUUAUAAGCCUCAUGGAUAGUAGAAUUCACCGUUUGGAGAGCAUUUUACGAAACGAGCCGGAGGUAUCUGUUUAA